UCAGCAGCUCGAGACACACCACACCGAAGAACCUGCGAGAGAAGAGAGCCGCUGCUGCUGGGGAGUAAACGAUGCUUUCCUCUUUUUGGGAUUCAUUCGAAUUACGAAAUUGUGGAUUUAUAUGUGUUUGUGGAAGAUAUUGAAUUCAAAAGGAUAUUAGGCUACACGGAAUUGAUACUUAAUCAUCAUUAAAGGGGAUAGAGGGUGAGACGGUGCCAUGACAGUUGACUUGUGAUUGCAUCUAGAAGAGCCUAGAAGCCAACAUUCACCUGCAUUACCGUCAUCUCUAAGUUGGAACAUUAUCAUCAUGAAGAAAAUGUCUAACACCCUCCCGCUCUGUCUGCUUACCAUUCUGCUGUUGUCCCAGAUCUGCUCCGGUAUCAAAUGGCUGGCCCUAUCACACACACCUGUGUCCUUACACAUCAACCAGACCCACCACUGCAAGCUGCUGCCGGGCCUGGUGUCCUCACAAGCCCAGCUGUGUCGGAGCAACCUGGAGCUCAUGCAGACCAUCAUCGCUGCAGCUCGCGAGGUCAAGAAGACCUGCCAGAAGACCUUCGCUGACAUGCGCUGGAACUGUUCCUCUAUUAAUAUCCCCAGUGACUCCUCGAGGUAUCGACCGGACCUUGACAGAGGCACGAGGGAGUCAGCGUUCGUGUAUGCCCUGUCCGCGGCAGCCAUCAGCCACACCAUCGCGCGGGCGUGCACAUCGGGGGACCUGCGGUUGUGUUCAUGUGGCCCCAUCCCCGGAGAGAUCCCUGAGCCAGGCUACCGCUGGGGUGGCUGUGCAGACAACCUGCACUACGGCCUGGUCAUGGGCUCCAAGUUCUCUGACGCCCCCAUGAAGAUGAAGAAGGCAGGCUCCCACGCCAACAAGCUGAUGCACCUGCACAACAGUGAAGUGGGGAGACAGGCCCUGAGGGAUGCGCUGGUGAUGAAAUGUAAGUGUCAUGGUGUGUCUGGCUCUUGCUCCAUACGGACCUGCUGGAGAGGCCUGCAGGAUCUGAAGGAUAUCGCCAUGGACCUGAAGACCAAGUACCUGUCAGCCACCAAGGUGGUGCACAGACCCAUGGGUACGCGCAAGCAGCUGGUCCCCAAGGAUAUCGACAUCAGGCCCGUUAGGGAGAACGAGCUGGUUUACUUGCAGAGCUCCCCAGACUUCUGCGCCAAGAACGACAAGCUCGGCUCCAUUGGCACCCAGGACAGGCAGUGCAACAAGACGUCCAUCGGCAGCGACAGCUGCGACCUGAUGUGCUGUGGGCGAGGCUACAACCCCUACACAGAGAAGCUGGUGGAACGCUGCCACUGCAAGUACCACUGGUGCUGCUAUGUCACAUGUAAGAAGUGUGAGAGGAUUGUGGAGAGAUACGUCUGCAAAUGAUUCCAUGUUGUCUACUUCAUCCAUCCAGUCUCUGGGAUGGGGCCACAGAUAACCAAAGCACUACGUUUCCAAGAUGGCUUACUUUUGUCUUAAGCUUUAGCGUGUAUAUUUUGACAAGAAACAGUUUAUUUUUGUUCAUAAUUCUUUAUUAAACUCUGACCCACAAGCUGGACUAAAAUGUUAAACAUUUUUACGAACGUGGACAAAUGGGUGUUGUGACAAUGCCUAUCGGUUUACGUGAAGACCACCGUCCUCAAGGGUUUUUUCUUUCCUUACACUUUCCUUACACUUGCUAUACUUGGAUAUCAAAAGUCUAUUUUCAUAUACCUUUAUUAAAAUAAAUUAUAUUGGA